UGCAGUGAUACAAGAAAUAAAGUAUGGUAGAAAAUUAAAAAGAAAAUAUUGAUAAUCUUCUACCACUUUCUUCUUCGCGACAUCCAAUCUACUCUCCCUUUUAGAUCAACAUUGAAGCAUUUCGAAAAUUUUAAAUAUUCUUUCCCAUCCAAAAUCCUUCUUCAACUUUAACCUCAAAUUAAUCAAAAUAUUUUACUUGUACUAAAUUUGUAUUUGUUUUUAGAAAAUUGACUAUGAAAGAAGCGAAAUCAGUUAAAUUGAAUUCACAGCAACAUCAACAGCACGAAAACGGUCACUUCUCUCCGUUCAAAUUCGCUAAGUUAUUGGAUCCAGAAGCUUCUUGGGACAAGGAUCAAUUAGGAGAUGUAUUGCAUUGGAUUCGACAAGUUGUAGCUCUUUUCUUUGGCUUGUUAUGGGGAGCAAUCCCAGUGGUUGGAGGCAUUUGGAUCUUCAUUUUUCUGGCCAUAUCCACUGGUAUUAUAUAUGGCUAUUAUGCAAUGAUACUGAAGAUCGAUGAAGAAGAAUUCGGUGGUCAUGCAGCCCUUCUCCAAGAAGGGCUUUUUGCUUCAAUGACUCUCUUUCUGUUGGCGUGGAUUCUCGUAUACAGCUUGGCCCACUUUUGAUACGCAUUUUAGCAUCAACUCUGCUGCCCUCUGUUUCUAAAUUCACAUUUCAAGGAUCUCUUUAGAUGAGGAACAAUUCAUUAUCUCUGAAAACAAUGAGAAACUUUCUUAGUUGAGAAAUGCAAAUAGCUUUUAUUUCCUUUUACGACAUUCCGAUUUUGCAGAACAUGAAGUUUUUUUUUUCCUUUUAUCAUGGUAUGUGUAUAUUUGAUUUCAGUUUAUGGUACAAAGCACCUGAUGCUAGACUAAAA